AUGAAAGCGGCCAUCUCUGUCUCCACCUCUUCAGCUUCAUCGGAAUCCACUCAGAGAUGCGAUUUUACGGAGCGAAAACCCAUGGAUCAGGCAGACUUCGACGAAUUCUUCAAAUGCUGUGAUCCAGAAUUGGAAAAUAAAUUUGUCGUUAAGACGACAAGUCUUUUAAGUCGAUUUUAUCAACCAUGCAGGAGCUGUAACGACUUUUGGGUUUCUCUGCUAUCUUUUUUUCCAGUACUACAUUGGCUUCCAAAGUACAACAUCUACCAGAACUUGCUCCCAGAUGCAGUUGGAGGCUUUAUGGUUGGUAUUAUGCAUGUACCACAAGGCAUAGCUUAUGCUAUACUCGCCGGUGUACACCCAGCAGUUGGUCUCUACACAUCGUUCUUUCCCGUGCUUGCCUAUAUGUUAUUCGGCACUUCUCGUCACGCUUCCAUCGGAUCGUUCGCAGUUGUCGCACUAAUGACAGGGCAGACAGUCUAUAGGCUGACAGAUGCAGAUGAAGGUGGUAAUGUUUCAAUGGAGAACAUAAGCAAUGUUCCGCAUAUGAUUGCGAACAGAUAUGAAGCCAUUGAAGUUACCACCGCGUUAACGUUAACCAUUGGCCUCAUACAGAUUAUUGUCGCCAUACUUGGUUUGGACUUCGUCUCGACAUACUUUUCGGAGCAGCUCGUUGCUGGCUUCACAACUGGUGCUGCCGUACAUGUGCUUGUAACCCAGCUGAAGGACAUCACAGGCAUCUAUGGCACUCCAAGACGCUUCGGCUUUGCUAACGCGAUCCUGGUUAUACUUGGGGCCAUUUUCUCCGCUCUGUUAAGUCUGAAUGUCGAUUAUGAGGUGGCAGUUGUUGGACAUAUUCCUACAGGUGUACCAUUACCGUCACUACCACGACUAACACUUCUACCUCAAUUAUUCAAAGAUGCGAUUUCUAUAUUUGUCGUUAUCAUGGCCGUUCAUAUAUCAAUGGCAAAACUCCUGGCAAAAACUUAUAAAUACACGAUUGAUACGAAGCAGGAGUUCCUUGCCACUGGAUUCACUUCAGUAAUUGCUAGUCUUUUCCCAGUGUUUCCGAGCAGUUGUUCCUUAGCACGUACGCUAGUGAAUGCGUCGGCCGGCACAAAGACUCAGCUAUUCGCUGUUUUUUCGUCGUUGUUCAUAUUGUUUGUGAUCCAAUUUGGUGGAUCGUGGCUUCGAACACUUCCGAUGGCGAUAUGGGUUGUUGCAUUUCUAGCCACGUCUUGUAUAGACGUAAUGGAUGGAUUGACAAUUGCCAUCGUAUUUGCUCUACUCACCACAGUAUUUCGCCAGCAAUGGCCCAGCUGGCAAAUUCUUGGACGUCUCAACGGCACCACGGAGUACAGAGAUAUUAAGCGCUAUCAAGAAGUCCAUUUGAUUGAGGAUCUCUGUAUCGCUCGUUUCGACGCUCCAUUACUAUUUACUAACGUUGAACGAUUUUGUGGAAUGAUCGAUACCGUGACAAGUGAUUUGCUUCGUGUCGAUCACGAUUCCCCAUCAAGUAAUGAAUCUCCUUCACACAUUACAACGGAAAGAGGCAAAACUCCUAAACGUCAUUCAACGGAGAAGUGUCUAAUUAUCGACUGCUCUGGAAUUGUGUAUAUCGACAUGAUGGGUGUAAACUGUUUAAAAGAGGUGAAGCUCUCUUCAAAGAAUCUUUGGAGGAGCAAGAGGUCAGUUCAAAGUCUUAUCAUCGUUUCUGGUGGAUUCAACGAAUUUUCAAUUGCUUUACGAGUUUUUGAGUUCAAGGUGCUGUACGAGAGCUCCUCGCUAAAACCGGGCUUCACCCGACGAUAA